AUGUCCACGCAGUGGCAGAAUGAGGUGGUGCGGAUUACGCGCCAAGUGAAGCGCAAUCUUCCGCAUCGGAAUUUCCGUGAGAUCAACUUUGAUCGCGAGGCGAUUAGGGAAACUAUAGCUCCACUGACCUACGACCAGGCGCGUAGGAUCAAGGGUCCCGUUUACGAGGCCCUGGAGGAUGAGCUGCGCCGAGCAGGAUGCACCAUGCUGCCGGAGUUCCUGCACUGCCUGGCCACCAAGGAGCAGGCACUUUUCGAUAGUUUAAAUAUUCGAGAACGGCUGGCCGAUGACUCGGAAUUGCUCUACGGAAUGGUGGAUCGACUUCGGGAUGCCGAACUGGCCGUUUGCCGGAACAAACACCGGGGACUCAAACAGUGUUUCGCCCUUUUUUUUGAGACCAUGCAGCUGCUGGAACCCUAUCGCCAGAAAUACGCAUACGCUCUGGUGGCCCUCAAUGAGCACAUCAUUUCGCUGUGCCGAAACAUCGCGGGUCAGGAACGGGAGGCCGCCGAAUACAUAUCGCGCAUCUACUACACCUACGCCCUGUAUCUGGUGAACACGGGUCAGAGGACCUCGGCCAUCAACUACCUACAAAUAGCCAUGGAUCUGGUGAGGGGUCACGUCUGGACCGCCGAGGUGGGAAUGCCCGCGGGAAGCCUCACACUCCACGAGCUGGUGGCCCAGAAACUGGCCAGGCAACUGCUCAUCCAGGGCAAAGCCAUUGUGCGUCAGCAUCCCGAGGAUGCGGUGGCCAUGGCCCGACGAGCCACAGUCCUUAUAGCGGAAAUUGGCAGGGAUAAGAACAUGGAGAUCUUUUGUGAUACCUUCCUGGAGCGGGCCUACUUCCUGAUGGAGAUUGGCAACUAUAACUCGGCUCAGCAGUGUCUAGACCAGAUCCGCACACAGAUCUUGGCCUGCACCGAAUAUCGCUUUGUCAAGCUCAACAUUAAGUACUACUUGUUCCAGGGCCAAUGCUCGGUGAUCUUUGAGCAUGUGGACAAGGCCAUCUCGUGUUACAAACGGGCUCUCCGAUUGUCCCGUCUUUACACCCAUCGGGAUCUGGAGGCUGAGAUCCUGCUACAUCUGGGAAAGAUCUUCGCCAAGGACACCCAGAUGACGAGUAUUGCCAAGAAGUGCUACGAGCAUGCCAAGCGCAUUUACGUGGACUUUAACGAUCAGCACAGCCGCAAGAUGGCCAACUAUUUGCAGGCCAAGUUAAUGGCCGACGAGAUCACACCGCUCUACAUGGCCAUGCUGAAGUCUUCUACUACCCGGUACUGUGCCUUCUUCAAUCUGCGUCAGUGGAAGAACCGCUGUCGUCCCUUCUGGAAGCGACUGGGCGACGAGAUCAUUAAACAGGAAUCGGACAGCAUCUACUGCCUGCUGGAUGAGGAGAAGGAGGAUCCUGGUCACGACGUGGCCCUUUACGAUGAUGUCGAUCUCAAGACAUUCAAACUGGCGGAGGGAGAUAUCUGAGUUUGCCCUCAGUUCUUAGUUAAGAAAAUGUAAUUGUUCAACGCUAAUUAUGUUUAAUUAAAAUGGUUUCGGCAAGCAAUGCUUUUUUUUAUUAGGAGGUUGUACGAAAAUUAAACAAAAGAAGAUAUGGUAAUGGCUUUCCCAUUUGUUUAUGACAAGAGGCUAUUUUUUAAUAUGCGUCAGCCGAA